CAAGAAUGCACUGCAUUCGUUGCAGCUUGUCAUGUUUGCUAGCAGGCUGGCACCAAGGGUUUGCCUGCAUAUUUGCCUCCGUUUGCCUAUAGCCUUGGGGCUUGCAAGAAUCAAUGUGCUUAGCAGUUUGCCAAUAUUGCAGUGUUUUAGGAGAGGUAUUACAAACAAUAUUAUUCACAGACGGCAACGCUGCGUCGUCCUUUUCCGGUGGUUCGUACCCGUAAACAGCAGCCAUGUCGCUCGUCAUUUCGCCCGAGUUCCAGCACAUUCUGCGUAUUAUGAACGCCAACAUUGACGGCAACACCAAGGUGAUGUACGCCCUGACUGCCGUCAAGGGUGUUGGUCGUCGCUACGCCAACAUCAUCAUCAAGAAGGCCGACAUCGACCUCAACAAGCGUGCCGGAGAGCUGUCCGAAGAGGAGGUCGAGAAGCUGGUGACCAUCAUGUCCAACCCGCGCCAGUACAAGGUGCCCGACUGGUUCCUCAACAGGCAGAAGGACCACACGGACGGCAAGUUCUCCCAGCUGCUUUCCACCCAGCUCGACUCCAAGCUGCGUGACGACCUCGAGCGGCUGAAGAAGAUCCACGCGCACCGCGGUCUGCGUCAUUAUUACGGUCUGCGCGUGCGCGGACAGCACACCAAGACGACCGGCCGCCGCGGCCGCACCGUUGGUGUCAGCAAGAAGAAGUAGGGUGGAAAUACACGGCCCGCGUGCGCGACAGA